CUCUAUAAUCUCGAGUAUAUUUUUGAUCUCAACGGUUGUCUUAAUUUUGGAUUAGUUGUUUUGAACUUAGGACCAAGCAUGGAAGCAAACAGAAGCCAAAAUGGAAUUCAGCUCUUGCUUGCUGCAGAGCAAGAAGCUCAGCACAUUGUCAAUGGUGCCAGAACUGCAAAAACGGCUAGACUGAAACAGGCCAAGGAAGAAGCAGAGAAGGAAAUAGCUGAAUUCCGUGCUCAGAUGGAAAAAGAGUUCCAGAAAAAGGUGGCAGAGAGUAGUGGAGACUCUGGUGCUAAUGUGAAGAGACUUGAACAAGAAACCGAAGCAAAGAUUCAACACCUGAAGGUAGAGGCUGCGAGAAUCUCUAACGAUGUUGUCCAGAUGCUUCUCAGGCAUGUCACUACCGUGAAGAAUUGAACCAACAUCUGAUUGUUUUGCUUGUGUUUGUUGUAGCCACCCUUCAAUUUGAUUUAUUUAAACUGCGUUAUUGUGGGGAGGUUUGUAUUGGUUGCUUGUUUCCGUGACGAAUAAAAAUGUUUAUUUUGCAAGCAAAAUUGCUUCGAGUAGUUUUCCGUGAUCUGCUCGACGAACUUGCUGGAUUGAAUAAAUUAUUAUAUUUUUUUCUCUGAAAA